UUGACGAGUUCAGAAAAUUCUCCAUUACAAUUGUGUCAAGAUACACAUUUUCAUCCCCACCAUGCGUUACGAAAUCGAAAAACUCCCUUCUCAGCCUGCUAGGACAGCUGUUAGUGAACUUGUGCGAUUCGUCCGGACACAUUCACCCUACUACCGCUCUCUUUAUCGAGAUCUGCCGUCGCACAUUGCAAACUUGGAAGAUCUGCCCUUGACAAAUAACGACGAAUACUGGGAGGCAUCCAAUGGAGAAACGAAUGAAGUAAUCACUACUCCGUUCAUUGACGGGGUUGUAUUGCGCAGUGGUGGCUCUAGUAGCAUUCCCAAAACACUCCUCAUGACUCGCGCCGAAUGGCAUCUCACAGCGCAGAUAAACAGCGUGAUGAUGGCUGAAGCAAGCGAGCUCAUUCCAGGUGACCGAGUAGCCAAUCUCGCAGUCCAAGGCGGCUUGUACUCUGGAUUCAUGACUUAUGGUUACGCCAUUAUGAACUGCCCCGUCCCGAUCGUCAAUCUUCCCAUCAGCGGAAACGAACCUCUGGAGUCAAUAACCAAGUCCAUUAUCGAGUUCAAAGCAACGGUCAUCAUUUGCAGCGUGUAUAGAUCAACUCGAUUGGCGGAGCACUUGCAAAGCCAGCAGGUAGUCCUCCCAAAUGUGCGCCGGAUUCUAUUCGCGGGUGAAGCAUUCUAUAAGGAUCUGCGAGACCUACACCGCGCUGUGUUUCCAAACGCUGAAAUAAGGCCCUUGGAAUACGGUAGCGUUGAGUUGAAGAUCUUGGGUUUUCCUAUCAACCGCCCUGGAAAUGAAAAAGACGCAGAUGUCGAUCCGAUCUACAGGGUCAACACAUCCUCGGCAAUCAUGGAGAUUAUUGAUGGCAAUGGAUCAGUCAUUAGAGAGAAUGGCAGACGCGGCCUGGUUGUUGGAACCAACCUAAUCAUGAGGCUCCAGCCAAAGAUUAGAUAUCCUGUGGGCGACUCAGCUGAGUGGGUUGAUUAUGAUGCUGGACUGUUUCGCUUUUGCGGACGCGAAUCGGUGGGUUUGAAGAUCGACAAUGCUCAUGUGACCUGCCAGUCCAUCCGAAAGAUCGUGGCCGCUGUCCUUGGUGGUAAGAUGGUGGCGUAUCAGGUGGUGGUAAGUCGGUCGGAUAAAAAAACUGUAGUGACGAUCCGGAUAGUAGCGGAAAAGCCGGAGAUGUCGGAGGAGAUACGGACCAGGAUUGAGGGAGGGAUUAUGGAGAUAACUCCAGCUUGGAGGGAGAGACGGGAUGAAGGGCGCAUCGCGCCGCUUAAGCUGGAAUGGGUUGCAUUCAAGGAUCUAGUCCAGGUAGAGUCUUCUGGAAAGCUGAAAGAAAUUGUGGAGAAGAGGUAUGAGGAAAGUUGAUAGAACAUGGACAUAAUAACUGUAGCAAGUGAUCCCCAAGAAGGGCUGAUCGAUGUUUUAGACUAGACCAUCAGUUCCCGUUGAAAAUUCAUAUCGAAGUGUAAAGGUGUGAGGAUAAUGUGACGGCAGUUGAAGGCAGAAAGUAUCAUGCCAAGAUUGCGCUUUACCAUGUUGGAAGCUCUCACAUGGCGCGUCGGGUUAUGUUGAAGAUUUCCUAGUAAAAGAAUUAACUAUAAAAAUAACUGAUCAGGACCAUUAUAUAAUCAAAUCGAGGAAGAGAGUAUGACUUAAUGGUUCGAGUAACUGAUGACGUGGAG